UAAAGAGGAUUAGGAAGGAGGGUCAGAGUUUGGUCAGUAGUGCCCGUACCUGCUUGCAUAUAACCUUUCUCUACUACUACUACUACUAAUACUACCUCCUCAGUCAUGAUCCAUUUUAGCUUGCAUGCAAAACAAGAAGGGGAAAAUGAGAGACAUUUCAAGUCAGCCUGUCCAUGAAUGUAUAACAGAUUAAGGUAAGUGGAUAUAAUUUGUCAUUAUUCACGUUCUAACCAACACUGCGAGAUAAUGGAGACGUUAUUCCUACUCUGUAGCGAACUUGUGGAACCGUAAUGCAGCACAAUGAACACAUAAUUAACACAACCAGGCUCAGCUGCUUAUGAAAGACUCCAAGAGUCCAUCUUCCAACCCGAUUGUCAGCACCUCUUCCUGGAGGUUUUUAAACAAUGGCUGUUUUAAAAGUGACAUUUACCAAGACCAGGAGAGAUAAGCUAGCUCAGGUCCUUUGGAUUCUAAAUUGGAUCUCGGUCAUGACGGGGGUGAUCCUGUUCAGCCUGGGCCUCUUCCUCAAAGUGGAGCUCAACAAGCGUAGGGAGCUGAUGGCCGACAGGGACAUUCAGUAUGUGCCCAACAUGCUCAUAUCCGUCGGUCUCAUUGCCUGCGUCAUUAACUUCCUGGGCGGAAAGAUCUGCUACGACUGCGCGGACACUGCCAAGUUCUUACGCUGGAAGCUUAUCAUGUUGCCUUACAUCAUCUGCACCUUCUUCUUCACCUUCUGUGUGCUGGUGGGGGCCCUCUUGUGCUACACCAUGCACUGGGAGCUGGAUGAGUCCCUGAGGGAGGGCCUGACUGAGGCUAUGAAGUUCUACAAGGACACCGACACGCCGGGUAGAUGCUUCCUGAAGCGGGCCAUGGACAUGCUGCAGAUAGAGUUCCAGUGCUGCGGCAACAAGGCUUACAAGGACUGGUUUCAAAUCCAGUGGAUUAGCAACCGCUAUCUGGACAUGUCCCACAGGGAUGUGGUUGAUCGUUUGAGGAGCAAUGUGGAGGGCAAGUACCUGAUGGACGGCGUCCCCUUCAGCUGCUGCAACGUCAACUCGCCGCGUCCGUGCAUCCAACAACAAAUAACCAACAACUCAGCCCACUUCAACUAUGACCACCACACGGAGGAGCUCAAUCUGUGGACCAAAGGGUGCCACGAGGCGCUCUUGGACUACUACACCGACAUCAUGCACUCCAUCGGCCUCACUGUGCUCAUCACGUGGCUCUUUGAGUUGUCGGUGUUGACAGGGGUUCGUUACCUCCAGACGUCUCUGGAGAACAUGCUGAGACACGGAGACCCCAACUCCGAGUCUGAUGGUUGGCUUCUGGAAAACAGCUUCAUAGAGACGGCUCGGACCAACUUGAACAUCAUCAAGACCCUCAGCAAAAACAACCACGUGGACGUCGCCAACAACGGAGACCCCAACAUCAAUGUCCCAUCCACCUCCAAAGCGCACUAUGGGCCAGACAACGUGCAUCCUCAGCAAAUACAAGCAGCCAGCUAACCCAUGCAAUAAAACUGUUGAAAUGUUGGACGUAAACUGACCUAUUGAGUCAGUCAGAAGCCUUUUUAAAUCAUCUAAAGGGAUCUUCAGUUGCCUUUUGUGUAUCAUUUUCAUUUAGAGAAAAUAACACUUUUGGGGUUACCUUGUGGCCUUGAUCAACUCAUUGAAAGGACAUUUGUUCUCUAAUUAUUUAAUGUUUGGACUGUUAACCCUGCUCAGUGGCCUUGUGGUUAGCGUGUCUGCCCUGAGAUCAUUAGGUCGUGAGUUCAAAUCCUAUCCGAGUAAUACCAAAGAAUAUAAACAUGGGACCCAUUACCUCCCUGCUUGGCACUCAGCAUCAAGGGUUGGAAUUGGGAGUUAAAUCACCAAAAUGAUUCCCAAGCGCGGCCAGCGCUGCUGCCAUCACCUCACCUCCCAGGGGGUGGAACAAGGGGAUGGGUCAAAUGCAGAGUAUUUUCACCUAGUAUGAGUGUGACUAUCAGUGGUACUUAAAGUGGAUUGUAAUUUCCUUUAUUAAUCAUCAAGCAAAUUACUUUUUGUUUCAUGUUUGCUAUAUCUAAUUAAUUAGCAUUUAUUUACUCUAUAUAAUGUAUACAUAAUUUGUAUUGCAAUACAUGAUAUACACUUCGGAAACCAAGUUUAAUACAUAUAUGAAUAUCAUUAUAACAACAGUGGUACUUUUCCGAAUUGUACAAAAAUCGAAGCAAUUUUUGCUUUAAAGAAUAGUGUACAUUUAAAGCAGCACUAAGUAACUUUUCAACCUUCAUAUAAUAUGUUCAUAACUUGUGGGAUGAAACUUUGACUUACAACUAGUUGAAUAAAACCUCUGUCAUGGCCUGAGGGGGUCUGUAUCAUUCUCACUGGCACUUAGCAACUUUGAGGAGGGGGGAGGAAGUGUGCCACACAAAAAACUACAAAUGUGCUGACUUGCUUGACGGCAUUGGUCACUCCCCCUCCCCCCUGUAAUGACUGGUGGGCAUCGAGGUGCCGGGUUCGAUUCCCUCGAGGAUGCGUCGAAAUAGAACACAGCAAAGGUAAGGUUUAACUAUUUAUUUGAAUAACAAAAGGUGCUAGAAAACAAAAAUACUGGAGCUAAGAAAAUGCAAACAAAAGACGCUAGCAUGAAAGCUAGGGUAAACAAAUAGUAAACUAAACUGGCACAUAGGCACACAAAGGGGAAAACAAAACAUUUAGCAUGAGACUUAAGAAUGAAUAAAAUUGCGCAGCGUGAGAGCUCGCGAGAAUAAUACAGGAAUUGCAUGUAAGCAAAAGUGCAAAGCAGACGUACCGAUGUGUGAAAACAAACUAUGGACCCAGACCGAAUGAACAGAGAAGACUGGCUUAAAUAGGACGGUGAUAAUUAGUAGCCGGUGUGUGGGGCGAGACUAGCAGGUGGACUGAUGAGUGACCAUGGUGACAAAGCAAACAGGAAAUAAGGAGUUAGAUGGAGAGAUAUACACAAAUGGAAAAAUAAAUAUGUGUAGAUCCGAGCAGCGGAUCGCAACACCCCCAUUCUUUAUAAAGACGGAAGUCGAUGCAAACGCCUGUGUGCAAAUAUUGCUAUCACGGCAGAAGCUGCAAAACAACGUAAAAAAAGAAAGACAAAAAAAAAGAAAAAUGGCCUGGCUUUCCACUUGCUGGCAUCAGCUCACAGAUGAAGGAAUUCAGACCGAUGCUGCCUUGGCUCUGUUUCUGCUUUACGAGAAAGUACAUUUCGAUGCUCAAAUCCAAAUGAUACAGCUAAUGUUAACUACUGAGAAUUUUCUGAAGUGUUCCUGAGCCCAUGUGGUAAUAUCCUUCACACACUGAUGUCGCUGUUUGAUGCAGUACCGCCUUCUUUGCAGUUAUUUCUCCAGCUUCCCUGAACCGUUUGAAUGAUAUUGUAGACCAGGGGCGCUCACACUUUUUCUGAAGGUGAGCUACUUUUCAAUUGACCAAGUCGAGGAGAUCUACCUCAUUCCUAUUUAUAAUUUAUAUGUAUUUAUUUAUGAAAGAGACAUUUUUGUUAACAAGUUAAUGGUGUUUAAUGAUAAUACAAGCAUGUUUAACACACAUAGAUUCCUUUCUUUCAUGAAGACAAGAAUAUAAGUUGGUGUAUUUGAUUCUGAUGACUUGCAUUGAUUGGAAUUAGACAGUGGUGCUGAUAACGUCCGCAUUUUCAAAUGGAGGAAAAAAAAAAGUCCUCCUUUCUGUCCAAUACCACAUGAAAGUGGUUAGAUUUGGCAUCUCAUUUGUCCAACUUGCAUACUCGUUUUUAAACACUUUGUUAUGAGAGUAGCAUAUGUGUGUGGCCCUUUAAUGUCUGGCAGCAGGUGAGUGACGUCAGUGAGUGUGCGGGUGGGCAAGCAAGUGAGAAAGCGGUCGCUGAGGGCGGGGGAGAAAUACAUUGGCAUCAAACUCCGUAGCUCGCUAGCUUGUGCACGCUAGCUUUCUGAGACUUUUAUUUUGUUAGCACAGGCAGGAUGAAACAGG